AUGAGAACCGACGCUGAAGUACGAGAAGAGGACGAGCAACGGCGUAGAGAACAUGAACGAUGGCAGGAGGAAGAGGCAAGACGAAGGGAACAGGAAGAAGAACAGCGAAGGAAGCAUGAGGAGCAAAGGAGAUUGAUAGAAGAACGGAGAUUGGAGGAGGAGAGGCUGAGAGAAAUUGAGGAAAAGAGGCGAUCGGAGGAAGAACUGGAAAGAGAGCGAGCCCGCAUAAGGGAUGAGCGGUUGCGAUUGGAAGAACAAGCAAUAAAAGAUCAUGAAGACCAUGUCAGAGAACAUCGCCUGAGAGAAGAAGAAGAAAGGAAAAGAUUAGAAGAAGAACGACGGCGUCUGGAAGAGGAACAGAGAAUAGCUGAAGAGGAGCGCUGGAUAGCGGAGAGAGAACAGCUCGCAAAGUUGGAAGAAGAACGCCGACUGUGGAAGGAGAAACUGAAAGCAGCUGAAGAGGCUGGAAAAAAGACGCAGCUCCUCCAUAUCAUUUGCCAUGACGGUGAAGUGAUUCGAACUCCUGAGGCUCGAAGAGAGUUCUACACUGACGGCAGGGAUCCAUGCGAAGAGUCGAAAAACGUUUAG